UCCCCAUUUCUCAACAUCGAAGCAUAAAGAUCUCUCCCUUAUAAUCUCUCUCUUAUAAUCUCUCUCAUAACGAUGGCAGAUGUCGGAACUAGUGCUCUUGAGGCCGUUAAAGGCGGUCCUCAUGACUUCCGCUCACUUCUUUCUUCUUCAAAAAGGAAUUUCCUAGUCCGCAACUCCGGCAAUCAGUUGGGUUUUGAUGUUUGAUUAUGAUUCUUGUUCGGGUAAAAAGCUUGAAUUGAUUUUUGAAAUUAAUUUGUUCAAGUUUUGGAGAUUGGAAUGGAAAAUAUUGAAAUUGUUUAGUUUAUGAAUCAUAAAUUUAGUGUUUAGGUAGCUUCACAAACUCUAUUGUUGAGAUCACGAGUGCUCUAACACCUGAAAAACCUGAGGAUGUUUCCUUAAGAAAAAUACUUCGAUACU